GCAACUUAGAAUAAUGAACAAAGUUAGUGAUAGGGAACCGAGUAUCAGAAGGAGAAGAACAGGAGGUGACUGGAGCUGGAGUGACAGUCUUUGCGGAAGUAAGAACAUAGUCGUUGAGAUGGGAUGGACGACAAUGGGUACGAGGCAGAAGGGGGAGGGAGUUGUCGGCGGUGGAGAAGUGGUCUCCACCGUGGAGGGAGUGGGGCUGUCGUCGUCAUCGGAGGAGGAGACGGGGGGGCUGGCCGUGUCAAAUAGAGAGGGGGACGGGGAGGGUGACGGAGAUUGUGGCUGGGCGGGCUGCUGGGUUGUCACCGGGAUAGUGGGGGUGAUGGGUGACGGUACCAGUGGCUGGGGAGCUGGUACGGCAGUGGUGACGGGGUUGGGAGGGACGGCAAAAUCGGUUGAUGAGGGCGUGAGGAUGGGUUGGUUACUGGGCGAGGAAGUAGGAACAGCAAACGGGAAGAAAAGAAGAAACUAUCCAUCCAUCUCUCCUAAAUCUCUCUCGUUUCUCGCUGCGCUCUCACCCCAGCCGAAGCGGCCUUCAACACGGCGAAGCACAGCGCCGUUACCCCGCCUCUCUGCCUGUCGCCGACCGUCGGCUUAUCAUCCGGCAACGGUCACAACCCCGAAAUCAUCUUCCACCGUCUCAGCCGCGCCGACGCCUCAGCUCCCCCUCCAAUUUCUAGUCACGGAAGAAGAACCAAACGGAAGAGGCUGGGACAACCACGAACGGGAAACUACUGACGGAAGAACGGAAGAAGCCGCCGCCGCCAGACGCUGACCCUCAAGCUCCACCCUCCAGGUUGAAACCCAAGAAAUGGGUGACAAGAAGAAGGCGGGUGCAUUGUUUGUGAAGCUGGUUUCAACAGCGGGAACGGGAUUCUUCUACGUGGUGAAGAAGACAAAGAGGCUCCAAACUAGCCAGACCAAACUCGAGUUUCGCAAGUAUGAUCCCCGUGUUAAUUCUCAUGUUCUCUUCAAGGAAGAGAAAAUGAAGUGAUUUUCGAAAACGCCCAAAAAAACGAACGGGGAACUUGGAGACGAUGGUUACUGGUUUCUUUUGUAUGUUUUGCAAAACCGUUCUGCGCAAUUUAUUUGUUUUAUUUAUGCAAAUGGCGUUUUUUGUUCUAAACGCAGCUUAUUCUAAAGAAUCUAAACACUUGGCUUAUUAAGGUGAUUUACUGGUUCCCAUGGGAGAGUAGAUGAUCUUUAAGGAGACAAGUUAUGGUGAUACUUUUUUUAAUACCAAAUUGAGAUCAUAUAAUAAUGUUUGUAGUUAAUG